AUGACAGAUAGUGAAGAUAGCAGAUGUGAUGAAGAAGGUCACAAAAUGCAACCCUGGGCGUUUGUUGAUCAGGAAGAAACUCAUAUUAGUAAUGAAGAAGCUAUUAAGUCUACGGGCUUCCAUCAAGGAUACAGUGCAUUGGAAAAAGCGAAAAGAAAUCCUUCUCGAUUUUCCAUAUCGGAUAUACUUAGUGACAAGUAUUCAACUGAUAUCGUUAGCAAAAGUGCAAGUCCUGCAGCAAAAAAUUUAAUUACUACUUCUGGCACUGAAUCGACCUUUGCUUCCGCUACUUCAUUUCCAAUAACAAUAAAUGUUGGUAGUGGUAUGCCAUUCAUAGGUACUCAAAUACCGCGAUAUUUACAUAGAGGUAUUCUUCAACAACCAAUACAGAACCCUUGGUUUCAACCAUGGUUAUCUACUGUACAUCCUUCCAUUGCUCAUUAUCAAAGUUUAGCACAAAAUGAUGAGAGCAAGAAAGCGACAGACAAAGUGUUCGAGAAGGGUUAG